CAGCCAUAGCUGGGGAAGGUAGCUCUAUACAACACUGUUCUAACUAAUACGCUUCCAUUUUAAUCAACCCUUGGUUUGUGACUAGGACUUGAUCAUGGAGAAGCUCGGAAAUGAUCUAGCCUCGACUGAAAACUCCGAAAAGUCACUGCUACUCGCUUCUAACGAGAAGAAGUCCUCUAAAUGGGGACCCGUCUCUCAGUUGAUAAUACUCGCCGUGGUUUUCAUGCUCUCGAACGCUCCAGUGGCCUCAAUACUUAACUUAGAAGGCAUCUUGAAUCCGGAGAUCGGUCUAUACGGUUUAAUGUGUAAUUUCGGUGGCUGCACGUUGUCUUUAGUGACAUCUCCGAUUAUUUCACGUUAUGCCGGGGCCAAAGGAUCAGUGGUGCUGGGAUCAAUGAGCCAGAUAGUGUUCAUUGCGGCCCAUUUCUACGUUCAGCCUUACAUAUUGUUACCCGUGGCAUUCCUAAGUGGAAUAUUUUUUGCCAAUGGUAUGAUAACCAGUAACGUUUACAUCACGGCGCUGGCAGUAGACUACGCCAAAAUCACAAAGAAACCGCUUCACCACGUAAUGGGGUUCUUCAACGGACUGUUUUCAACAAUAUUCACAACCAACUUUAUAUGGGCUAACCUCAUUUCAUCUCUGGUCCUCACAACCGAGGAAAUGGAUAAUAGGACGGAGUCAUCGGAGUUUGGCAACUUGAGCGAGUUGUGUGGGCCAUCUUUUUGUCCUUGGGAGGACGUUACUGGUACACACAUUAGAGAACCUGAACAAUACAUUGUGUAUAUCCUACUGGGUUCGUACAUCGGACUCAUCUGCAUAGCCUGCUGUGUCACUCUUUUGUUGCUUAAGAAUAUUCACCCCACGUCCGGAGACGCGCUUCAUGGCGCCAGAGAUUUUUGCAACAGUGUUCUGAAUCUACUGUGGAAGAAGAAGCUUGUGUUGAUAGUGCCUUUGUUGGUUACGGCUGGUUUGGGGCAAGAGUUUAUUGCCACCGAGUUUACCAAGGCAUUUGUGAGCUGUGUAAUAGGUGUCAAUUACAACGGGUGGUCCAUGAUAUGCUACUCGGCCGGAAGAAGCAUAGGAAACGCUGUGAUUGGUCGCCUCAUCAAGUUCACUGGUUUGCCAGCCAUGUGCGUGUUUGCCACUUGCAUCAACAGCGCAUGCCUGGCCAGUAUGUUGGCACUUGAUCCAGCGGAUAUUAUUAUUGAGUAUCACUUCUUUGUCCCUGCGGCCUGGGGUGUAGCGGACGCCGUGUGGCUGACCCAAACGAUGGCUUUCAUAGGGCACACGUUUCCAGACGAAAAAUGGCCAGCAUUUGCAGCAGCAAGAACCAGCAACUACCUUUCAUCGACUGUGAUUUACGCCCUUUCUAAUAGCCUUUGUUUGGACGCUAAAAUAUACCUUGUAUUUGGUUCUGUUGGACUGUCUUUGUGUUCAUUUAUGACUUUUAUUUUAAUUCCAAAAAUAAAAAGGACUUAGAAUUGUUUCCUUAUUUUAUGUAGCAAUUUGAGCGAUUUGGAUAGAGACACGUUAAGGCAUUUGACAAUUAUUGCUCAUUAAACCUUUUCUUAGGAAAUAAAUGUCAGCGUAUCAGGCAGGAAAAUGGAGGGUGUGUUACAUAACAUUUUAGCAACUCAUAUUAUCAAAGGAAAGUCCACUUAAAUUGAUUAAAUCAGUUUUUAAAUCAAUAAAAUCAUCGGUGCUUCUCACAAGCACUUUUUGACGUAGAUGCUCGCUUCGUUUUGAUAUAUUAUUAUUCAUAAUGUUCGUAUAUACUACAUUCAAUAUUUACUAUUAUUUUAAACAAAAUGCCAUCAAGUUCAAGCGCCAAACGUAUACUGCAAAAAUAUCAUAGAAUAUCAUAUAGGCAACUAUAGACAAUUACUCGUCGAAAAUGAUUAGCAGAUACAAUGAAUCACGUCACAUGCAAAAAA